CGGCGGGCGGCGCAGUUCUCCUAGAAGACCCCGGGGACUGGGGCUUGACCCCGAGGUGCAGCGAGCCCCUCAGAGCGGCAGUUUUGUGAGUACUAGAAUAGCACAACCAUGUUUCGGAAUAGUCUCAAGAUGCUUCUUACUGGAGGGAAAUCAAGUCGUAAAAACCGAUCAAGUGAUGGAGGGAGCGAGGAACCACCAGAUCGAAGACAGUCAAGUGUAGACUCUCGCCAAAGCCGCUCUGGGCAAGGUGGCAUCUCCACAGAAAGCGACUGUGCUUUUGAGCCCGACUACGCCGUCCCACCACUUCCAGUGAGUGAAGGUAUGCAGCACAUUCGGAUUAUGGAGGGCAUGUCUCGCUCUCUCCCAUCCUCCCCCUUACUCACACAUCAGUCUAUCAGUGUUCGGCUCCAACCUGUGAAGAAGUUAACUGCCCCUCUGAGGAAGGCAAAGUUUGUUGAGAGCCCACGAAUUCCAGAAUCCGAGCUUGGCUCACCAACCCUCACUUCAGCUCAGAAACUGGACGUGGAUGCAUACUGCCCUGGUGAUGCUGAACAGGAACUUGGUCCCCCUCCAUCUGUAGAUGAGGCUGCAAACACACUCAUGACUCGUCUGGGUUUCCUCCUGGGAGAGAAAGUCACAGAAGUUCAGCCAGGUGACCAAUAUAACAUGGAAGUACAGGAUGAAAGUCAGACCUCAGCAGUCACCCAGCGGAUAAGUCCCUGUUCCACCUUGACUAGCAGCACUGCCUCCCCACCAGCCAGCAGCCCCUGCUCCACCCUCCCACCAGUCAGCACAAAUGCAACCGCCAAGGACUGCAGCUAUGGGGCGGUCACCAGUCCAACCUCCACCCUGGAAAGCAGAGAUAGUGGCAUCAUUGCUACGUUGACAAGCUAUUCUGAAAACAUGGAACGCACAAAAUAUGUUGGGGAAAGCAGUAAAGAAUUAGGAUCUGGUGGAAACCUAAAGCCUUGGUUGUCUCAAAAAUCUAGCAUGGAUUCCUGCUUGUAUCGAGUAGAUGAAAACAUGACGGCUUCCACCUAUAGUCUGAAUAAGAUCCCAGAGAGGAACUUGGAAACAGUUUUAUCACAAUCAGUACAGUCUAUUCCUCUGUAUCUUAUGCCACGACCAAAUUCAGUAGCAGCCACAAGUUCUGCCCACUUGGAGGACCUCGCUUACCUGGAUGAGCAGCGACAUACACCUUUGAGAACUUCUCUUCGAAUGCCAAGACAGAGCAUGGGUGGUGCUCGCACACAACAGGAUUUAAGAGAUAUUGAAAGAGGGAUAUUGAAAUCUGAUGUUCGCUUUGCACCUUAUAGGCCUCCAGAUAUCUCCCUGAAGCCUCUGCUGUUUGAAGUGCCCAGCAUCACUACAGAGUCAGUUUUUGUUGGCCGGGAUUGGGUUUUCCACGAAAUAGAUGCUCAACUUCAAAGUGCAAAUGCCAGCGUGAACCAAGGAGUAGUGAUUGUGGGAAACAUUGGGUUCGGCAAAACUGCCAUCAUCUCCAGACUUGUGGCCCUCAGCUGCCAUGGAACACGGAUGAGACAGAUCGCCUCAGACAGCCCACAUGCCUCCCCCAAACAUGUGGAUGCCAACAGAGAGCUGCCACUCACACAGCCAACUUCAGCCCACUCGUCCAUCACCAGUGGAAGCUGUCCAGGAACUCCAGAAAUGCGCAGGCGACAGGAGGAAGCUAUGCGGAGACUAGCCUCACAGGUGGUUGCUUAUCAUUAUUGCCAAGCAGAUAAUGCCUACACCUGCCUGGUGCCAGAAUUCGUCCACAAUGUUGCUGCCCUGCUCUGUCGCUCACCUCAGCUGGCGGCCUAUCGGGAGCAGCUUCUUCGGGAGCCCCACCUGCAGAGCAUGCUGAGCCUUCGGUCCUGCGUCCAAGACCCUAUGGCCUCCUUCCGGAGGGGCGUCCUGGAGCCCCUGGAGAGUCUCCACAAAGAGAGAAAAAUUCCAGAUGAAGAUUUCAUCAUCUUAAUUGAUGGAUUAAAUGAAGCAGAAUUUCACAAACCGGAUUAUGGGGAUACAAUUGUAUCAUUUCUGAGUAAAAUGAUUGGAAAAUUUCCUUCCUGGCUCAAACUAAUUGUAACAGUUAGAACCAGUUUACAGGAAAUUACCAAGCUGCUGCCUUUCCAUAGGAUUUUUUUGGAUCGACUAGAAGAGAAUGAAGCCAUAGACCAGGACCUGCAGGCUUACAUCCUGCACCGGAUACACAGCAGCUCUGAGAUCCAGAAUAACAUUUCACUUAACGGCAAAAUGGACAAUACUACCUUUGGCAAACUCAGUUCUCAUCUCAAGACUCUCAGUCAAGGGUCCUAUCUAUACCUGAAACUCACAUUUGACCUCAUAGAGAAAGGCUAUCUAGUGUUAAAGAGCUCUAGCUACAAAGUAGUUCCUGUCUCUCUCUCCGAGGUUUAUUUACUCCAGUGCAAUAUGAAGUUCCCCACCCAGUCCUCCUUUGACCGGGUGAUGCCUCUCCUGAAUGUGGCAGUGGCCUCUCUCCACCCACUGACUGAUGAACAUAUCUUCCAGGCCAUCAAUGCUGGCAGCAUUGAAGGCACACUAGAAUGGGAGGACUUUCAGCAGAGAAUGGAGAACCUUUCCAUGUUUCUAAUCAAGCGCAGAGACAUGACUCGUAUGUUUGUCCAUCCUUCUUUUCGAGAAUGGCUUAUCUGGAGAGAAGAAGGAGAGAAAACCAAAUUUCUCUGUGAUCCCAGGAGUGGUCACACAUUACUUGCCUUCUGGUUUUCCCGCCAAGAGGGAAAACUAAACCGACAGCAGACUAUUGAGCUGGGACAUCACAUCCUCAAAGCACACAUCUUUAAGGGUUUGAGUAAAAAAGUUGGCGUAUCAUCCUCCAUUCUCCAAGGUCUCUGGAUCUCCUAUAGUACAGAAGGUCUUUCCAUGGCAUUGGCAUCUUUGCGAAAUCUCUACACUCCAAAUAUAAAGGUCAGCCGACUACUGAUUUUGGGAGGUGCCAACAUUAAUUACCGGACAGAGGUUUUAAAUAAUGCUCCAAUUCUGUGUGUCCAGUCUCACCUUGGUUACACAGAAAUGGUGGCCCUGCUGUUGGAGUUUGGGGCCAACGUGGAUGCCUCUUCAGAAAGUGGCCUGACGCCUCUGGGCUAUGCCGCAGCCGCAGGCUUCCUGAGCAUUGUUGUGCUGCUGUGCAAGAAACGGGCCAAGGUGGAUCACUUGGAUAAGAAUGGGCAGUGCGCUUUGGUCCAUGCUGCACUCCGAGGUCAUCUGGAGGUUGUCAAGUUUUUGAUUCAAUGUGACUGGACAAUGGCUGGCCAGCAGCAAGGGGUGUUUAAGAAGAGCCACGCCAUCCAGCAGGCCCUCAUUGCUGCAGCCAGCAUGGGCUACACUGAGAUUGUCUCCUACCUACUUGAUCUUCCAGAAAAAGAUGAAGAGGAAGUGGAGCGAGCACAGAUCAACAGCUUUGACAGUCUCUGGGGAGAGACAGCCCUGACAGCUGCAGCCGGACGGGGCAAACUGGAGGUAUGUCGUCUGCUCUUGGAACAGGGGGCGGCCGUGGCCCAGCCCAACCGCCGAGGGGCGGUGCCCCUAUUCAGCACUGUUCGCCAAGGUCACUGGCAGAUUGUUGACCUUUUACUCACCCAUGGAGCUGAUGUCAACAUGGCAGACAAGCAGGGCCGCACUCCCCUGAUGAUGGCUGCCUCCGAAGGCCAUCUAGGGACUGUGGACUUUCUACUUGCACAAGGCGCCUCCAUUGCUCUGAUGGACAAAGAAGGAUUGACAGCCCUCAGCUGGGCUUGUUUGAAGGGUCAUCUCUCCGUAGUACGUUCUCUGGUGGAUAAUGGAGCUGCCACAGACCAUGCUGACAAGAAUGGCCGCACCCCGCUGGAUCUGGCAGCUUUCUAUGGUGAUGCUGAGGUGGUCCAGUUCCUGGUGGAUCAUGGCGCCAUGAUCGAGCAUGUCGACUACAGCGGAAUGCGCCCUUUGGACAGGGCAGUGGGGUGCCGGAACACUUCUGUUGUUGUCACUCUUCUGAAGAAAGGAGCCAAGAUAGGUCCAGCCACAUGGGCGAUGGCCACCUCCAAACCAGACAUCAUGAUCAUCCUGUUGAGCAAGCUGAUGGAAGAGGGGGACAUGUUUUAUAAGAAAGGUAAAGUAAAGGAGGCUGCCCAACGCUACCAGUAUGCUCUGAAGAAAUUCCCUAGAGAAGGGUUUGGUGAGGACUUGAAAACCUUCCGGGAACUGAAAGUGUCUCUUCUCCUCAACCUCUCUCGAUGUCGCAGGAAAAUGAACGAUUUUGGAAUGGCGGAGGAAUUUGCUACUAAGGCCCUGGAGCUGAAACCGAAAUCUUAUGAAGCUUACUAUGCAAGAGCAAGGGCAAAACGCAGCAGCAGACAGUUUGCAGCAGCCUUAGAGGACCUGAACGAGGCCAUCAAGCUGUGCCCAAACAACCGUGAGAUCCAGAGACUUCUGAUGAGAGUGGAGGAAGAGUGUAGACAGAUGCAGCAGCAGCAGCAGCAGCCCCAGCAGCAGCAGCAGCAGCCCCAGCAGCCGUUAGCAGAAGAAACAGAACCUGAAGCACAGCAUGAAGAUAUAUACUCUGUGCAGGACAUCUUCGAGGAGGAAUACCUGGAACAGGAUGUAGACAAUGUUUCCAUUGGCCUCCAGACGGAGGCUCGGCCCAGUCAGGGUCUCCCGAUCAUCCAGAGCCCACCCUCCUCUCCAGCCCAUCGGGACUCCGCCUACAUCUCCAGCUCACCGCUUGGCUCUCAUCAGGUUUUUGACUUCCGGUCCAGUAGUUCUGUAGGUUCUCCCACUAGACAGGGCUAUCAGUCCACCUCUCCUGCUCUGUCUCCAACUCACCAGAACUCUCAUUACAGGCCUAGUCCACCACAUACUUCCCCAGCUCAUCAGGGCGGAUCUUACCGCUUUAGCCCCCCUCCCGUAGGAGGACAGGGCAAAGAAUACCCAAGCCCGCCCCCUUCCCCUCUCCGUAGAGGCCCUCAGUAUCGGGCCAGCCCUCCAGCUGAAAGCAUGAGUGUCUAUAGAUCCCAGUCCGGCUCACCCGUGCGCUAUCAGCAAGAAACAAAUGUUAGUCAGCUUCCUGGCAGACCAAAAUCCCCAUUAUCUAAAAUGGCCCAGCGGCCCUACCAGAUGCCUCAGCUUCCUGUGGCAGUUCCCCAGCAAGGUCUCAGGCUCCAGCCUGCUAAGGCCCAGAUUGUGAGAAGCAACCAGCCCAGCUCUGCAGUUCAUUCAAGCACUGUCAUCUCCACAGGGGCCUAUGGCCAAGUAGCCCAUUCAAUGGCUAGUAAAUACCAGUCUUCACAAGGAGACAUAGGAGUAAGUCAGAGCCGGUUGGUUUAUCAGGGUUCAAUUGGGGGGAUUGUGGGGGAUGGAAGACCUGUGCAGCAUGUCCAGGCCAGUCUGAGUGCAGGCGCCAUCUGUCAGCAUGGAGGGUUGACCAAAGAAGACCUUCCACAGCGACCGUCCUCAGCAUAUCGAGGUGGCAUGAGAUACAGCCAGACACCACAGAUUGGACGUAGCCAGUCUGCAUCCUAUUACCCAGUCUGUCACUCAAAACUAGAUCUGGAGCGUUCCUCCAGCCAACUAGGUUCCCCUGAUGUGUCACAUCUAAUCAGAAGACCUAUUAGUGUCAACCCUAAUGACAUCAAACCCCACCCGCCAACUCCCAGGCCAUUGCUGCACUCCCAAAGCGUAGGCCUUCGCUUCUCUCCAUCUAGCAAUAGUAUCUCAUCCGCCUCCAACUUAACUCCUACCUUCCGGCCAUCCUCCUCGAUUCAGCAAAUGGAGAUUCCACUGAAACCGGCGUAUGAUAGGUCAUGUGACGAGCUGUCGCCAGUGUCUCCCACUCAGGGAGGUUAUCCCAGCGAGCCCACCCGAUCCAGGACCACACCAUUCAUGGGGAUCAUAGACAAAACAGCCCGGACUCAGCAGUACCCCCACCUUCACCAGCAGAAUCGGACCUGGGCAGUGUCAUCAGUGGAUACCGUUCUCAGUCCCACAUCCCCAGGCAACCUGCCUCAGCCUGAGUCCUUCAGCCCCCCAUCAUCCAUCAGCAACAUUGCCUUUUAUAACAAAACCAACAAUGCACAGAAUGGCCAUUUGCUGGAGGACGAGUAUUACAGCCCCCAUGGGAUGCUGGCUAAUGGGUCCCGCGGAGACCUCUUGGAGAGAGUCAGCCAGGCCUCCUCAUAUCCCGAUGUGAAGGUGGCUCGGACCCUCCCUGUGGCUCAGGCAUACCAGGACAACCUGUACAGGCAAUUGUCCCGGGACUCUCGGCAAGGGCAGACAUCCCCUAUCAAACCAAAGAGACCAUUUGUGGAGUCUAAUGUUUAAAAGACGUUUGUUGGAGUGAGACCCGUAUGUUUUCACUGCACAUUUUCAGGCUUGGUUUCCACAUUUGAGGUAGUUCUCUGGCUUAAUUUCUCAUGUAGUUUCUGUGUGGUGUUCGGAGGCGGCAGCCCACAUGCUGAAAUCCUUUGCAUGCAGCCGACUGGGAAGCUGGCCUCCAGGGAGCCAGGACUUCAGUCUCUUGUCUGUGCCCCAGCCACAUGCUCUCUCCCUCUCUUCAGAUGCCAACGAGGAGAUUGUUGUGCCGUGUGCUUUAACCCAGGGAGAUCAGACACACUGGUCAGCUUUUUCCAGGAGACAAUCGCUUUCACGGAUGUUCUUGUCGUGUAAAUGUCUUUCUCCUUUUUUACAAAAAUUCAGAUGUUCUUGUUCGUUUUCUUCUAGGAACUUUAGAGAGCGUGGUGCCCCUUUGCCUUCGCAUCCUUGUCCGGUGUUAUCCAGAUAGCCCGCCCCCGUGCAUUCUUGUGCCAUGGUCUCCUCCCCGACUGCCAGCUCCCUGCAGUCACCAGGUCUUGAAUGUCCAUUUAGAUUAUUGCUGGUCUUCCUAUGGGGGUAAAAGGAUCAAAGAAAAAGAGAGGAAAUGAGUCUGUUAAAUUGGAAGGAAAAAAACCAAUAUACUUCCUUGAAAUGUCACUUCAUUGAUCUUCCAAGAAGCAUUUUAGGAAUAUUUAGAAAACAGCCCUUUAAAUAUUUCGGUCAGCCAAGGAAAUUGGGUGGAAAUUAUGGAUAUUUUUUAAUUCACUGAAAAGUAUUCUUUAGAGUUUUAGCCAACUAUUAACCAUUAAAAACUAUUGAUUUUCCAUGGGUGGGGAGGGAAUAAAUAAAUACAGUAAAACCUUGGAUUGCGAGUAAUGGUUUGCGAGUGUUCUGCAAGACGAGCAAAC